CAACUCAAAGUAGAAGAACACUACCUCGAAAUUGUGAAGCACAUUGGACAUUUCUGUCUACUAUUUGAUUCAUAGUUUUGGAGCAAACCUCAUUUUCGGAUCAAUUUCCUGUCAAUAUUUUGACUCCAAAAGUGUGUACUGAAGGAAGACGGUCCAGAUCAGAGUUCAAAAGUAUUACCAACUGAAGGACAAAACACCCCUUCAAGGAACAACACAAUCCCAAAACUGCCGAGCACCGAGGUGGCAAAUUGCAGUUUGAGUGGUGAUUGGAGGCCAUUUUUGGCCUACUAUGCAGCUGGAGUCGCCCCGCCUGGGCCACUACCUGGUGUCGGCUCUGAGCAAGUGCGCGCUGGCUGUCCACGAGCCCGUUGAGAGGUCGGUCGCCGUCCUCGACAGUCUACUGCCCCACAUCGAUGACGACCCUUUCGAAACCCUCAACAAUGGCGGCGGCCUCUCCAUCUCCCCGCCUCACAACGGAGGCGGCGGCGGCGGUGGCAUCUCACAGCGUGAAAGCAUGCAGAUCACACAGCCGGCCAGCGCACCUAGCUCCCCCCUCGCCUCACCCUCGCCCCUACUCACAACCUCCUCCUCCUCCACCGCCUCCUCAUCACCGAUGACCUUCAACCUGCAAGGCCACCAGGUGACGCUAGACCCCAACUGGCAGGCCACAAAGUCCACGGUGCGCGAACGCAACGCCGCCAUGUUCAACAACGAACUCAUGGCCGACAUACGAUUCAUUGUCGGCAGUCCAGGUCACACACAAAGUAUACCAGCCCACAAGUAUGUGCUAGCUACAGGAAGUUCAGUAUUCUACGCCAUGUUCUACGGUGGUCUGGCCGAAAAUAAAGAGGAGAUUGAAGUCCCUGAUGUAGAACCUUCAGCUUUUCUUACGUUAUUGAAAUACCUGUACUGCGACGAAGUGCAGCUAGAAGCCGAUACCGUGCUCGCCACCCUGUACGUGGCCAAAAAGUACAUAGUGCCCCACCUGGCGCGCGCAUGCGUCAACUACCUCGAAACUAGUCUGACGGCAAAAAACGCGUGCCUCCUCCUGAGCCAAUCACGCCUCUUCGAGGAGCCCAACCUCAUGCAGCGCUGCUGGGAGGUCAUCGACGCCCAGGCCGAGCUAGCACUCCACUCGGAAGGCUUUGUCGACAUCGACCUCAACACCCUUGAGAGCGUUCUGGGACGCGAGACGCUCAACUGCAAAGAGAUGCACCUGUUCGAAGCGGCACUGAACUGGGCAUGCGCAGAAUGCCACCGGCGUGACCUUGAACCGAGUCCCCAGAACAAACGCCAGGUUCUGGGAUCGGCACUCUACCUGGUGCGAAUUCCCACCAUGAGUUUGGACGAGUUCGCGAACGGCGCCGCGCAGUUGGGCAUUCUCACACAGGAGGAAACAAUCAACAUCUUUCUGCAUUUCACGGCGCACAAGAAGCCGUUGCUUAGCUAUCCUAUCAAGGCGCGCACUGGACUCAAACCACAGGUAUGCCACCGCUUCCAGUCAUGCGCCUACCGCAGCAACCAGUGGCGUUACAGAGGUCGUUGCGACAGUAUCCAAUUCAGUGUCGACAAACGCAUCUUCAUGGUCGGGUUCGGACUGUACGGGUCGUCCAACGGCGCGGCCGACUAUGCCGUCAAAAUCGAACUCAAACGACAGGGCCGCGUUCUAGCUGAAAACAACACAAAAUUCUUCUCUGACGGAUCAAGCAACACGUUCCACGUCUAUUUCGAGCAGCCGAUCCAGAUCGAGCCAGAGUCCUUCUACACGGCGUCGGCCAUCUUGGACGGCGUGGAGCUCUCCUACUUCGGCCAGGAGGGAAUGAGCGAGGUGACAGUCGGCUGUGUCACCUUCCAGUUUCAGUGCUCUACGGAAAGUACCAACGGAACGGGGGUGCAGGGUGGUCAGAUCCCCGAGCUCAUCUUCUACGGACCGACGACUGUGCCCGCCACUGACGAACACUGAACGUGCGACGAACACUCAACGUACGAAUGGUAAACGAACGAAUGCCGAACGUAUGAACACUGAAAAUAGGAACGCCGAACAUACGAACAUGUUUGAAUGUAGGAACACUGAACCUAGGAACACUGAACAUAGGAACGCCGAACUUACGAAUAUGUUUGAACGAGUGCUGGUCAUGAAUGAACGAAUUACUCAAGUGCUGUUAUAACCUUGAUAAAUGUUAACGAAUGUUGUACACGUGACAUAUGAAUUGCAAAGUACUGGUCAUGAAUGAACGAACUACUCAAGUGCUGUUACAACCUUUAUAAUAAUGUUAACGAAUGUCAUAGGUGACCUAUGAUUGAACGAAUCUCGAAGUGCUUAUCUGAUACCAAACGAUAUUUGAAACGAAAGUGCUGUUAAAACAUUGAUAAUUACCGCCAAAAAAUAUAUUGUUUCAUGACUUAAAAUUCAAGAUCUAGUAGUUUAAGCUGUUGGAUUAAAUAAUUUUGGUGAUAUUACAUGAGGUACCACAUUGAUGUUAUAAUCUCAAAGUGCGUAUCUGAUACCAAACGAUAUUUGAAACGAAAGUGCUGUUGUAACCUUGAUAAUUACCGCCAAAAAAUAUAUUGUUUCAUUACUUAAAAUUCAAGAUCUAGUUCAAGCUGUUUGAUUAAAUAAUUUUGGUGAUAUUACAUGAGGUACCAAGUGCUUAACUGAUACCAAACAAUAUUUGAAACGAAAGCAUUGAUAAUUACCGCCAAAAACAUAUUGUUUCAUUACUUAAAAUUCAAGAUCUAGUUUAAGCUGUUGCAUUAAAUAAUUUUGGUGAUAUUACAUGAGGAACUACUUUGAUGUUGAAGUCUCAAAAAAUGAUCACGAUUGUAAUAGGGGACAUACGAUUGAAAAAAUCUUUUUAGUGCUGUUAUAACCUUGAUUACUGAUCACGAAUGUCAUAAGUAACAUGUAAGAUUAAACGAAUUUCAUAAGUGCUGUUAUAACCUUGACAAUUACAAAAAUAUUAAAAAAUGUAUUCCUUCACUAUUUUGCAAACUGAAGCCAUGCUUUCCAACAAAUUUCUACUCUACUGAGAAAAAUGAAUAACAUUAAUUCUUAUGGAAGUUUUCAUAGUCACAUGUGUGAAGUCUCCUAUUAUAUCCAAUGGAAAUUAAUUGGAAAGCAGAGCUUAAGGGGCGAAUGCAAGUUGAAACCAAAUAUGAACAGUUUAUUGAUUACAUCAAACUGUGGUUUCGUUUAAACUGUGGAAAAACUAGUCCAGUAUUCGUUUGGUGUCUCUAUAAGUGCUGUUUGCACAUAGAACGUUUAAACAAAAUCUGAACAGAUGAUGAAUUUUCGUUUAUUGAUAUUAACUACAUGAAAAACUAGUCCAGUAUUCUUUUGGUGUUUCUAUAAGGGCUGCUUGCACAGAAAAAGUUUAAACCAAAUCUGAAAACAUGUUGAAUUGAAUCUAGCUCUGAUUUCAUUUGCUACAGGGCCGUUUGUAUAUUGCAAGUUUAACAAUAAUCCGAACAGCUGUUGGUUACAAUCACGAUAUGAUCUCAUUGUUAUGAUGCACUACAUUCUGAGUUUAAACUAACAGCUUUCCGGUUUGGUUUGAACUUACACUGAGCCCAUAGGCCCUUAGAUAUGAACUAAAUUGAUAAGAUGAUUUAAACUCGAAAUUCAACAAAUAGCUUGAUUUAAUUUAUAAGCUGUAACGAUUAGCAUUGAACUUAAGACUGUGCUAACGGCAUUAAACAGAGAAAGAAGCAAAAUAUAUGCUUGUUUCUCGUAUAGACUUGUGUGGCUGAUUAUUAUCUCUAACCACGAUUUACAGAAAAAGAUGGUAGAGCUCACUAAAUAACAUUUUUUGUAUGAUUUCUUCUAUUUUUUUCAAUAACUAUUUCUAUCUCUAAAUAAUAUGAGUUAAAUGGAAGCAAGGUUAUACAGUGCAUAAUUAUAUAGUAGUAUGUUUAAUUUAAACCAUUGCCCCAUAAAAAACCAGUAGUCAACUUUUGAUAUGAUCUUAUUAUAAAAAAUAAAUAGACUAUGAUUUCAUCAUACAGAGAUUGAGAUCCACGUUAUAAUGGUAUUGCUAUCCUUGUCUAUCAUCCGACAAAGCAGAUAGCGGUAUCUCCUUUUCGCUUUUCUCUCUUGCCAAAUCGUCUUUUAACAAUGUUGAAUUAAUAAUUAAUUCAAUGAUACAGGCACUAUACCUACAAAUAUAUUCUGAAUUACAUAAAUUGUUCUAUAGGGGUGUUCACAAUGUUGGAGUUAGCUGGCUAAGUCGAGCUAUUCGCUAACUCCAGCUAUUUGCUAAGUCUGUGUUAACUCAAUGCUAUAGUGGUACAUUAGAAAAAAAUUAACAGACGAGAUAGCAGAUAGCGCAGGUUUGAGUCCGGUAACUCUAGCUAUCUGUUAAAACGGCAGCCAUAUGUUUAUAAUCUUACUUUUGAGUUAUAAUAAACUUUGAGUUACACAAAUUAUCCGCUUGAAUCGCUACUGCAGUUAGCUAAUAGCAGAUGGUUUUAGAUGGGGCGUUCACAAUCCAGAGUUAUCAAAUAGCACUUUAGCUGGCUAAAACAACAUUGUGAAUACCCCUUAUAUAUAACUAGUCACUGAAAAACGAACCAGUUGUAUCUUCAUAUACCCAUAGAAGUUCAGCGUAUUAUUUGGUUCAAAUUUAGGUGUUUUAGUAGAAGGUAAAAAGCAAAUUCGUAUGAAUUCCCUUGCGGGAAGGUCCCGCCGCGCCUGAAUUUAUAAUACAAGCCGCCAAUGGGCCUUACGACUGUCUUACUUCAGCCGGGACCGGCCUGUCUUACUUCAUCCAAUAACACAGAUUAGUAUAAAUGUAAAAUAUCUUCUCAUAUAUGGGCUACUUUAUUCAAAAUUAAUAAAAAACUUGCAGUACCCUUUCUUUAAAACAUUUCAACUGUUUUAAAGUUUUUAAAAUGUUUUAAUAAAAGGGUACUACAAGUUUUAUAUUGUUUUUAUUUGUAUAAAUGUGUAUCUAUUUACGGUAUGUGCUGUUUAUGUUUCUCGAAAUAAAUUUGCAUUUAUCUUCCUAUAGCAGUUUCAACCUACGUUUGUGGGACGACAACAUUUAGAUAUAAUAUAACGACUAUCUCACGCAUAAUAUAUUUCACAGAGUGAGAUUUACUUCAAACUAUCAGCAUCUGAGAUCAAUGCUUCCCAUUCUAUCAAUGUACACAGUUUCAAGUAAAUCCCGUUGCGCAUAUAUUUCACGACACCUACCAUCUAUUUCUAAAAAAGACCGUGAGACAAACGUACUAAUAAGCUUGACAUCACUGUACAGUUUCAUUGAAAUAUAAUUGUUCAUUUCAUUGAAAAUCUUACGAUAAGCUAGGAAGAAUAUUCACGAUUUACUAACUUUCUAUUUUUAAACUAGAAGAGUAUUAAAAUAGAGCGAAAACUAUAUAAGAUAAUUUAUUGCUAGUAGUUUUGCAUUAGAAAGUAUUAUAGUUGACUAUGACAAAAUGUUUUAGAAACUUUAAAUACUAUUAAAAACGUUUAUAAUAUUGAAAGAGCUGACCACUUUGACUCAGUAUCUAUUCAGCUUCUUAGUCAGUAUUUGAAAGGGAAUAGUUUUCAAGUAGGGUUGAAGCCUAGAAGAAGCUGUUAUUUUUCUACUGCCCUACAUCUUGGAAAACUUGUACUUAAAAACAUGACAAAAAAUCAGAUUCUGUAAAUAUUUGAGUAGAAAUUAUUUGUAUUGAUUCAAUAAAUACCCAGAAAUUCAUCAUUCAUUAUUUUAGCUAUGAAUUACUAAUAACCCGGCACUUUUAGAUAAACGCCUUACUUAAUCAUCAAUAUUUCACAUUAAUAAAUAAUAGACUAGUAAUUUUUAAAAAAAUCUAUAAAUUGGGCUAUGGAUUUUUAAACUAGUGUGAUAAAGUUUAGUCAAGUAUUUGAGAUUUUUUAAUUGUUCAUUCGCACUACAUUGCCUAAGGAAAUCACGUCAAGCUAAGUUUGAAUUAAUAGUUAUUGCAGGAAUAAUUGACUCCUAACAAGGAAAAUUCAGGUGUCUCAAUUUCAUGAUUAAUUUUAAGCAAAGUGUAAGAUAUUUUCAGUGUACAAAAGUAGCAUCUAUCAUUUUUAAUUGAUCUAUCUAAUAUUCAUAUCUAUGACAUACACUCAACGCACACUUCCGCAACUCUAAGUGCCGGUUAAAUUUUAACCGUGAUUAAUUCCACGAGAACCAAUCAGAGAAGCCGUCUUUUCAAAAACGCCUUAUCUGAUUGGUUCUCGUGAAAUUAAUCACGGUUAAAAUUUAACCGGCUGUUGUGCAACCGGGCGUUAAGGCCUUAUUGAUGAUUUCAAGAGCUGUUCUAGCCAAGCACGUUUUGUUGAACCAAUCACAAUGAUUCUAGUAGUCGAUUUCUAUUGGUUGAUAGGCAAUCAAAGCGAGUUUCACUGAACCAGAUAUCAAAAUCGUUUAAAAAUACGGCCCUAUCAACCGUCAAACCCAUACACUAAACUAUAUUACAAAAACGGCAGCAAUACUAUACAUAUGACAUGAAACCAAUAUUAAGUGUCAAUUAUGUAGCAAAUAAGAAACGAAUUUCGAAACUGUGUCUAAAAUAAGAGCUUAUAAAACAAGAAAUUUCACACCUAGAAACAAAGUACCUAUCCAGAAAAGCCCCCAUUAUUUAGCCUACUAAUAGUAUAGAUAAUGUGAUAGUGAAUUAUGUGAUAAAUAUAUAACAUUUAUGUAACUAUUCAGAGUAUCUAGCUAGUAGUUCGACAUGUUCCAGUUCUGACAAUCUGCUUUACAUGAAGAGCAGCUAAUUUUGUUUAAUAUUUAUUGCACAAAAAUGAGAACAACAAGCAUCUAAGAACCGAAAUGUAAUAAGAGUUUGAAAAACGUAAAUUUCAUAAAAACUUAUUAACCUUUUUUUAGGUUUCACUAACAAAUAAAAAUUUUGUCAUUGGCAGAAUCGAUUCAUUCGAGUAUCGAUUAUUCACAGUAUCAAGUCAUUGUCAUGAUAUUAUAGGAGGUAAUUUUGAUUCAAGAUUUUUUCUCUCUCGUUUUUAGAAAUACUUCCUUCAUUUUUACUCUUCUUUAGUAUCUAUUAAAACUUUUAUUAUCAUCUUCACAAUUUUAUUUCAACUUUCAAUAACUUUUCAACUCAAAUUAUGAUCCUAGAAAUUGUUUAAGAAGACUUGUAAGGUUUAACACAAUGAAUUCCAUCUUUAAUGAUUAUUGUCAUUUUAAUUUCAAUCUGUUUCUUUACUAUUCCAAAAUCACUAACUAGGCUAUAUCCAAAAUAAUCCAAUUUUCAUUCCCACCAAACUUAUCAUUCCAAUUCAUAACUGGCUUGAAUAAAUUUACAAUAUUGUCAAACUGUAGAUCUAAUUAUAAAUACGUAAUGAAUUAAAAAAAUGUCUAAUGAAAUAUAUUCAAGUGAAAGUGCAUUUUAAGAUCCUCAACGCAAAAUUAGUGAGGCGAUAAAUUCGAGAUCUAACUAAAGCAUAGAGCAUAUUUAGAAUUUUUAGACCAAUAAGUCUAUAUUUGAGAUAUCAGUCUCACGAGAUUCAGUUCAAUUAUUACCAUUGACUAAUCUAAACUUAUUACAAUAAAUUUCAAUAUUGAUUGAUAAAUUUUAUUACGCUUGAAAAUUUAUCUCUUAACGAUAGAAAUCUAUUCGAAUUCUGGAUUCCUAAUAUCGCAUAAAUAAUAUGAAUAUAGUAUUUUUAAGAUUGGAAUAGCGGAUUGAUUGUAGUUUAAAUUCAAAUAAUAGAAUUUUCGUCUUCACAAUAAAAAGUAUUUUAUAAUAAAUUUAAUAAUUACUCCUCUUAUAUAGGACUGAACUGAAAAACAUUGUAAAUGCACUUCUAUUUGCUGAACCGAUUUUAUCUACAAAGUUGAUUAAUAAAAACAAUAUAAAAACUUGGUACUACUAUUACUAAACAAUAUAAAAAAGGUACUACUUCAUUAACAACUUUAAAAUAAUUUCAAGUUAAAAUGUCCUGUCAUUUGAUCAUGGAUCAAAUCAUAUCAUGGAUCGGUCUUUUGAUUCCAUGAAACAAAAUAAUAAAUCAAAAAUUGCAUUUUUUUUAAACUUUACUACUAUACAAAAAGGUGAGAAUGAUUCAUAGAAAUCCAUUUUAAUAAUAGUUUACCCACAAAAUCUUCACUGAUUUUGAUCGCCUUAACGUAUAAAAUUUAAUAUCCUUGUCUGAAUCUAUAAUUUUAUUGAUAUUAGAAUUUCAAUUUUAAUGAUCAUUACCUGAGAAAAAACUAUUUUUAAACAUUCAACUAUCUUCAAAAACAACACUAUUCUUAAAAGAAGUUUGACGAUAGGUUACUGGUGUAGUAACAAGUAUUAUCUUACUAAUAUUCUGACAUAAGUAGAUAUAACUACACGUUUAUAGAUUGCCUUCAAUAUAGAACUUAUGAAAGUUAUAUUGUACAUAUUAUGAAAGUGCCGUAAAUAAGCUAGAAUUAGCAGUUUUUCAUAAUGUAGGAUUGCUAAUAUUUUCAAAUUAGAAAAAUGUUAAAUCUAUUCGUAUCUAGUUUUGAUUUUGAAAAUGACUGAGAAAUAAGGGAUGAUUUGUUUGUUUGUUUGUUUGUCUUUUUUGUUGAUCCUGUGACAAUUAUUUUGCCUUGCAUAGUUUUGUUUGCUGUUAAUAUAAAGUUGUGUUUGUAGAACCUUAUCGUUAAAUUGACAUUUUAUUAAGUUAUUCUACAGAAGUCAUGUUGCCUCAUUAGAAGAUAAAGCAUGUUUGAUAAGAGAGACUUGUAAAUAAUCUGUUUCUUUAGAAAGAAAAUAAUAAAAAAUGCCGAAAAUGUU